AUGAGAGGUAUAUCCACUCGUCGAAGAAUAUCCAUCCUCCUCCUUGUAUCUCUCCUGACUAUAUGUCUAUUAUUAGGCUUUGAUCUCCGCGAACGCCCCUUUGGUCUUUCCUACCUCACCAGCGGGACUUUGGACAGAUGGGACGGGGUAAAUAAUACGAAUCGGAAAGAUACUCAAGUGGGGAAACAAGAAUACCAAGGUGAUAUUCAGUAUGACCAACAGAAUGAGCUGGAAUGUACUACUUGGGAUCCGCGGAAUCCAGAAGAAGACGAUCCGAAGGAAUGUGUAAGGGCGAGACAAUGGAGACAGGUUCAGAAGGUUAUAGAGAGGGAAGAGAAAGCGGAACACGAACAUUGGUAUUUCACCAAAGAACAUAAUCUCGCAACAUUCCGUAAUGUUUCCCGCUGUUUCUUACCACAAUGGCACGAAGACUACAAACCAUGUCCGGACAAACCCCUAAUCAUCAGUGGUUGGUGGUAUACCGCGGUGGUCGUCGUGGGUGGGACGAGCGGAGAGACCAUUUGGCAAGCGUCUUUGUAUAAACAGCUUCGAACUCUUGACAUGGAAGUUGCCCUCGUUGGACCAUAUACGAAUUGGGUACAAGUGGCAGAGAUGAUGCCAGACGUUUAUCGAUUUUUAUGGAAUUCUGAAACGGAUACAGUAUCAUGCAUUACGGAUCCCAGAUGUGUCGCUAAAGAACAUUAUGUCCCUCCUGAGGACGGAAAGGAUAUCAGUAUUGGGGUACCAGAUGAUGAAAGGGGGAAUAUACCUAUUUGGAAAAUACAGGUGGUGGAUUAUUGGGGUUGCAAACCUCCGGAAGUGUCAAACAACGAUUACUGGUGGAAUCGUACUGUUGAAGGUGAUUGGAGUUUUCAGCCUUUAGGACAAGAAUGGAUUGCUACACCAUGGCCUUUACCUGGACAUUUUCACCUACCAUAUUCCAUCGAAGAUUAUUGCCUACCAUUAAAGUUUAAACCUCACGAAGAGAGAGAAAACACGGUGUUGAUCUUUGCCAAACGGUCUUCAUACUUCGAUCGACACUACAUCCCCCAACGAUCAUUUUGGACAGCGCUAGCCGCUGAGCCAGAUUUCGAAAUCAUUUCCACCGCCGAAGUGGAAGAAGGACAUCCCAUGCCAGACGGACUGGAAACCCUGGGUCCACAAAGUCGAGAAGCAUACGAAGCAUUAGUAGGGAAUGCCAAGGUAUUAUUAGGCAUGGGAGCACCAUAUGUUUCUCCUUCGGUAUAUACGGCUUUAUGUCAAGGUACUCCUGUUGUUUUACCUACUUUCCUUCCUAAGCCAAGGAUGGAUGGAUGGCAUUUAUAUUCUGGAUUAAUGCAACAUGGUCCUGCUAUGGUCCUCGGUCCACCAUAUGUUUACACUUAUCAUUCUGGGAAUUAUACCUCUUUAUUAGAAGUUUUACAAUUAGCUUUGAAAACUCCUAUUGGGAGAUAUAUUCCAGACGACAUGCAUUGGUCUUACGCUAUAAAUGUCAUGGAAGGUUACAUCAAUCGAGAUUUAGAAUCAAUGUAUCGAUCGGUAAUUUCUUCUCAUGGUGGUAUACCCAGAAUGUCAAAAGGUGCAAGGGAAAGAUGUUUCCAAUUAGGUCGUUGUGAGGAAUUACCACCUGGUAAGUUUAAGCUUAACAUCAACCCCAGUUGA